GGGUGGGUCCAUCCAUGUCCGUUUCAAUUGGACCACUCCACCAUUUGCAGCCGAGGGGUGAGCAGGAGCAUCUCUGUUUGCGUACCCAGCAAAGAGACAGGCAGCUGAAUUAGCAUCAGAUGUACGGCCUCCAAAUCCAAUCCCCACCUCGCCCUGCCUAUCUUUCUUCUCUCUGAUCUGCUUUUGCAAUAGCACGAGUACAUCGGCUUCUUUCAUUUUGUUUGCCCCAAAGAUUGAACAAUUAAGAAUGGCUUCAAUUUCUGCUCAAACUUCCCCUGAGCCACCCAAGGUGACAACCAUCAAGGCACUGACAGAUUCAUCAGCUGCGGCUCUGAAGUCCAUCCCUCCCCACUACAACUACACCACCAAUCCUUGUGAAAAUAUUGGUGCUGCCACUCCAUCACCAGACCCACAAGACACAGUUCCGGUCAUAGAUUUCUCCUUGCUUACCUCUGCAGAUUCUGAGCAGCACUCCAUAGUCAUCCAAGACCUCGCCAGAGCCUGCCAAGAAUGGGGCUUCUUUUUGGUACAUGUGGUUAACCACAGCGUGGCGGAGAGCUUGAUGAAGGCAGUGGUUGAUGGGUUGGAGGAGUUCUUCAAUCUGAGGGAGGAUGAGAAGCAAGAGUUUGAAGGGAAGCAUGUGUUGGACCCAAUCCGGUGCGGCACCAGCUUCAACCCCAAGAUGGAAAAGGUCUUCCUCUGGAGGGACUUCCUCAAGGUGUUUGUGCAUCCUCACUUCCACUUUCCCAACAAGCCCCCUGCUCUCAGUGAAGUUGCGAGGGAAUACUGCAAAAGAAGUCGAGAAGUGGCGAGGGAGUUACUGAGAGGAAUAUCAGAAAGCCUGGGACUGGAGCCAUGCUACAUUGACAAGGCAAUGGACCUCGAAUCGAGUCUCCAGGUCUUCAUCGGAAACCUCUAUCCUCCCUGCCCGCAGCCGGAGCUUGCAAUGGGUUUGCCCCCGCAUUCCGAUCAUGGCCUCCUAACCCUUAUCAUCCAAAACGACACCCCAACCGGAGGCCUGCAACUCAAACACAAGGGCAAGUGGGUGAAUGCAAACGCUCCUCCCAACUGCUUCCUCGUCCUUACCGGAGACCAUUUCGAGAUUCUCAGCAAUGGCAAGUACAGGAGCGUUCUGCAUCGGGCAGUCGUGAAUAGCCAGGCAACCCGGAUAUCAGUAGCCCUAUCCCAUGGACCUUCACUUGACACGGUCGUGGGGCCGGCGCCGGAAUUGAUGGACGGCAACGGCAAGGACAAUCAGCCGGCGGCGGCGUAUAUUCCAAUGAGAUACAAGGAGUAUCUGGAGCUUCAGCAAAGCAACCAGCUUGAUGGGAAAUCCUGCUUGGAUCGAGUUCGAAUUCAGAUAAGUUGAGCCACGUGUCCAGCUACAACAAUAAAAGAAAUAGAUUGGGCCACGUGUUCAGCUGCAACAAUAAAAGAUCUUUGUUUUGCUUUGGUUCUAUGUUUUUAAAUAGAGGCAAUUAACAUCUUUGGUCAAGAGAGUAGAGAGUCUGAACGAACUCGAUGUUCGUUUAUUAAACUUGUUUUUAUAAUUCGCUUAAAACUCGUUGAUUUGUCCAUUAAGAAAAGCAUGUGUUGCGUAAAAAACUCUACAAGAAAGUAGGGUUAGUGCAAU